AAACAAAGAAGAUAUGCGGAAAUGACGUAUUAUUUACACCUAAAUGCGCAGCCUCUGAAAAUGCAAGAAUACUGAUGCAUUCCAGUGUUUUUCGCGUUUAUUUAACUAAACUUGGUCACAAUUAUCGAUGGGUUCUAACGGACUUUUGGGAAACGAGCCUGAGUCGAUAGAUUACUCUGUUCAUGAAGCCUGGAACGAGGCAACCAACGUCUACCUGCUGGUUAUCCUGGUCAGCUUGUGCCUGCUCAUGUACGCCAGAAAAAACAAGAGGAAGAUCAUGCGCAUCUUCUCUCUGCCUCCCACCGUCGGUACCAGCCCGGAGCCAAACUUCUACGACAGCCUGCAGAAGGUCCGUCUGCGGCAGCAGCUGGAGAUGUACUCUCUGGCCAGGAAGUUUGAGCAGCAGCAGACGGACAGCGUGCAGCUCUCCAUGGAAUGAGUGCCCUGUUUUGUCCAAACAUCUGUUCAUUUAAUCACUUCCUGUGCGGUUGCAAGGACUUGGAUGGCUGUCAACAUGUGUUAAGACACCGUUCCCGUCCUCCCUGUGAAUUUUUGGGAGGACAUUUGCUUUUUGUUGGGAUCCGCCAAACAGUUAAGACGAAACACUAGAGACUCUCCUAGUGAUUGAAGCAGAGCGUUUGUCUUUAUAAAUGAUUAUUAUUCAAAAAUAAAUAAAAGCACAGAAGCCAAAA